AUGGCUUCCAGUGAAGAGUUCAGAUUGGUAUUACCAGGCAUAGACCACGAAGGAAGGCUGCCCAGAAAAUACACAGGUGAAGGCCAAGGGGCAAAGAAGAACAUAUCUCCACCAAUAGAAUGGUACAACGUGCCGCAGGGGACCAAGAGCCUGGCCCUGGUUGUACAAGACAUUGAUGCACCCGACCCGAAUGGCCCGAUCGUGCCGUGGACACACUGGGUGGUGGUGAACAUCCCACCGACUGUGAAGAAGCUGCCAGAGGGGUUCUCUGGGAAAGAGGAGGAGCUGGGAGGCGAAUAUGGUGGGAUCAAAGAAGGGAACAAUGACUGGAAGGUGCCUGGGUGGCGUGGGCCCAAAUUGCCUAAUCAUGGCCAUAGGUUCGAGUUCAAGCUCUAUGCUUUGGAUGAUGAACUGCACUUUGGUCACAAGGUGACGAAGGAGAAGGUUUUAGAGGCAAUUCAAGGGCAUGUAUUGGGAGAAGCGGUCUUGAUGGCCAUUUUCUGA